UUACUUUGCGUACGAUCGGUUGUCGGUAAAGGGUGCCUUGGUUUAGUUGAAAGCUGUUUUGCAAGAAGCUUACCAGAAGAGCAAGGCACAGGUUGAGAUGGCUAUUCCUAAUGAAGACAACGGAUCAAUUGGGUUCACUUUAGAUGAGAAGCCUGAUCCGUUUGUUGAAAUACAGGAAGAACCUGAGGAGCAAGGACGGGAUCGUUGGAGCAGGAAAAUCGAGUUUUUGUUCGCGUGCAUUGGCUUUUGUGUUGGCUAUGGAAACAUGUGGAGAUUUCCAUACAUGUGCUUUAAAAAUGGAGGCGGCGCGUUUCUGAUCCCUUACCUCCUUUUCCUGACGUUUGGUGGGGUACCAAUCUUCUUUCUAGAGCAAUGUGUGGGACAGUUUACACAGUCAGAACCCGUGCAUGCGUGGAACAAGCUUUGUCCAUUGCUCAGAGGUAUCGGGUUUGCCAGCAUUGCUGUUUCGUUCCUGGUGUCAGUGUAUUACAAUGUUAUCAUGGCGUGGUCUUUGUUCUACUUCUACCACGCUUUCAAGAAAGAUAUUCCUUGGGUGGGUUUCCACCAUCCUUGGAACACGCCAGAUUGUUACCUCUUGAAUGCUUGCAAUCCGAACGCCUCAGGACCUCGCUUAGUCGAGAAUUCCUUGACCUCAACAGCGUCGAUAGAUGACUAUCAUAAAACACUACUGGAUAUUAUUAACUGUCAAAAAUCGGGGAUUCAGACGGAAAUCGGUGGUUUAAACACUGGUUACUAUAGUAUAGGGUAG